AUGUGGUCUACACUGACUAAGGGAGCCGCAGUUUCAGUGGUGGUUGAUGGUGUCCUGUUUAGCGAUGAAAUGCUUACAGGUGUAUCCCUCCCAGACAAUCAGCCAGUCAGGGUGUUCGGGGAAGUCUCAGGGCAGGUCAGAGGAUGUCGCCGCUUGUCCAUCCUGAAUGCACUUGUGGACUUUCACCCUCCUUUUGUGGACUUGCUUCUCACAGACCUGAGUUCGGUUGUCGCUCAUGGAUUGAGUCCGGUGACUGAGAUGUUCCGACUGGUUGAAGUUUGUUCAGGGGUUGCUUGUUCUAGUGUAGGGCUCAGCCAGGCAGGGUUCCGACAUGUUGCCAGCGUUGAGUGGAGUCAGCCGCUGUCUCGUCUGCACCAGUUGUGUCAUCCUGAUGUCCCUGUCUUGCAUUUGGAUUUGACCCACCACCUUUGUGCUCAGUCAGUCCUUGCAAAGGUUGACCCACCGUUCACUUUGAUGGCAGGCAUCAGCUGUCAACCAUACUCCACUGCCGGUAGUCAAGCAGGAUCUGAUGACGCCCGUGCCGCCACUUUGCCUGCAGCCUUGAAACUGUGUCACUUGUGUCAGUGCCCAUUGAUGAUCAUUGAAUGCGUUGGCCCUGCCCAGAGCAACAAGUUUGUACAGUCUCACCUUCGUGCACUCGAGAGCCAGCUGGGAUACAAGGUUUCAGAUUUGACUUUCAGGCUUGAAGACAACUGGGCAGCCAAACGCAUGAGGUGGUGGGUUGUUGCAGUGCAUCCAUGUUUUCAGUCGGUUGUGGUGCCAGAAUGGCCACACCAUCCACACAUGUGCAUUCGUGACAUCAUGCCGUACGUGAAGCAGUGGCCAUCUGAGGUAAUGCAGGAACUGAUAUUGGAUGAAGAAGAAAUGAGACAAUUUACCCUGGAUGGUUCCCACAUGCGUAAGUACUUGGUUCAAUCAUCAGGCAAAUUGCCGACCAGCCUUGACAGUUGGGGUAGUCAAAGUAGGGCCUGUCCCUGUCGAUGUAGGGCUUCUGGAUUCAGUGACCAGUUGAUUUUGCAGCGUGGAAUCUUUGGCCAGGUCCUUCCGGUUCCUGUCACUAGUGGUCCUCCCAAGUAUCGGCAUUUCCACCCUUUUGAAUUGAGCCUGCUCAAUGCCAUGAUGCCCUUGCCAGGAUUAGCCCAAGAUCCUAUGGACUUGCGCCUUGGACUUUGCGCUCUUGGACAGCUUGCUUCACCUCUCCAAGCUGCUUGGGUGGGGGCUAGUGUGGCUAGUCAGUUGCAGUAUGCCCUGAGCCUUCAGACCGUUGAUCCUCCAGGAGUAAUGCAAGGUUUAAAAGCCGCAUUGUUUAGUAAAGCCAAAGAGCUGUACUUAGAUGUUGUACCAAGCAAUCCUGUUGGGGCAAUGGUACAAGUGGUCUUUCCGGAUGAAACCAGAUUUGCUUUGCAUGUCCCAGCUGCCGCCACUUUGCGUGAUUUGAGGUCUGCUGAAUCUGCACUGAACCACUUCGACUGCCCAUCGUCCUGGACUGAUGAAACGACGGGACGCCCUCUGAGUGAUGAUGACUGCAUCCGAGGCCUGAGCAUCCGUGCCAAUUUCACAAGGGUUGCAUCCGCGUCCUGUCCUGAGUCCUGUUUGUCAGUCCCAGCCGACGUCCCAGAACCUUUUCCAGAACCAACGUCUUGUAGUGUGCCUGGUCCUGUCCCUCUGCCAGAGCCUUCAGCUGAUGUUGACAUGGUCCCAUGGAAUGUUCGUCCUGAUCCCCUCGCUGGACUUACACAUCUGCAGGGUCCUCAACUUGCUGCGUUGGUCCCUCCUUUGUUGCCUGACAUGCAUCAAGUUCAAAUCAUGCGACAGGAACAUGCUGGUGUUGACAAUCGGCUCAUGAUCCUGCACAAUCAAGGCUCGGCCAUGGCUGAUGAUGAAGUCUUGUUGCAUGUUCAGGCGUGCAUCCAAUUGUCUGGUCGUACGGACGUGUGUCUCCUUGACCCUGUGCUUGCUUCCAGUUGGAUGCGUGUUGGACUGAUUGACCAAGUGCGCACAUGGUUUGCUGGUAUCCCGUCCUGCUUGCGUGUGGUUUCUGUUGUGCCCUUCAAUGAGCAUUGGAUCCCGGUUGUCUGGUCCCGUGGCCAAAAGCAUGUCUGUGUCUCCUUGUGGGAACUUGAUGGACUUUCUGUGGAUGGCUUGAACCCGCUCCAUGGAUUGAUUUGCCAGGCUUGGCAGUUAGAGGGAGUUGUUGUCACUUGCACUCGCCGCACCUUUGCCCCGACACACUGUGGAGCAGCUGCCUUUGCCUACCUGUCGCACAUACUGUUGGACAAGCCUCUGCCUGGUGAUUAUGAUGCCAUCGUUGCACUGCAUGUGGACUUACAAGAAAGCUUUGCCACCGCAAUCAUGGAUUUGACUGUCGUGCCUCGACCAUGGUGCUGGGGACUUGGCAUUCCUGACACGCUGAGUUUGGUUGCCAGUCUUCUUCAGUUGCAUGGUGUCCCUAUUGCCCAGUCGUCUCAGCGUGCCAAGUUGAUUGUCCAGAGCUUAGGGAGAAACGAAGUCACCACUGCUGUCACCGGGGGAACUCCUUGGAAAUCUCUCAAAGCCUUGGCCAACCUGCAAACACCUCCUGUGCAGCUGGUGUUGCCUGAUGAACAGCAGCAGAAGACCCAGCAAAAGCCACCAGGCAAACAGCGGAAACGGCCCACUCAAGACAGAACAGCUGGGCCUAUCAGACCUCAAGAGAUUGACCCUGCCAAGAUUCAAUUGGAGCCUGGUAGCUUCUGCACUGGCAACGACGAACCUGUUGCUCAGUUGGACUUUUCUCAGCUCGGUCCUUUGGUCUCUGGAGUUGCACUGACGACACAUGCGGCCGCGCUGCCUUUCUUGCAGGCCGACAAGCUCUUGACCAGCAAGGGCUUAGCUAUCUUGGUUUUGAAUCCGCCGAAAGACUUUCAGACCAACCUUCAGUGGUCAACAGUACGAUUUGCAGCCAGGUGUGCCCUCAACCAGGAACCCAUGUUGUUGCUUGGAGCUUUGGUUCAGCUUGGAAGUUCGAUGGUGUACCAAUUCCGGGCCAAAGACACCCCAGCCAUCAUGUCGGUCGACGUUGCCUGUGCCAGGAUCACAGUUUUUGCUGACCAAUGGGAAGGAAGCUGGGAAGACUUUGCUGCCAAACCCAUCAAGCACAUCCUCGCAAGCAUACCAGCUCUGCAGACCUGUCGUGCUGACAACUGCACUUGUAGCUCCUGGCACCCAUCUCCCGAUGGACCACAUGAAGCAAUGCUGGAUGUGUUUCGCAGACAGUUUUUGAAUGAAGCAGGCCGCCCGGCCAAGUGGGAGCAUGCUGCCUCCUUUGCUGUCCUGAUCAGGUACGUCAAGUCGUUGGAGCCUGCAGUCAUCGCUGUCAGUGGAAGGGGCGGGUUGUAUGUCGAGCCCAAGACAGAAGAUGCCUCACAGCCCCAUGGAGAUUACCAGGUGAUCUGGAUGCCGCAACAUGACUUUGCCUCCAUCACCCACAAAGCCAAGUGUGAAGCCCAGUGCGUGGGCAUAGCAAGAACAGGCAGGCGUUUUGGCCUUCGCGUCCAUGCUAUGCACUUUCAGCAGGUGUUUGCCAGCGUGAAACCGGAGGCGGUGUUUCUGGCCCCAGGUGCAAGAAUGGUCUUCCAUUGCGGCCCGUGGCCAUACGGCAGUGAUCGCCGUGGUUUGGCCAAGACUUUGAAAGCAGGAGGCUGGGAAUGCCGUCCACUCCAGCCGCUACACAGCGUACCAGGUGGACUGAUGUGGUCUGUGCAAGCUGUGACGGUGCCUCCGUCCAAUGUGCUCAACAUGCACCAUGGCCAGGUUGUGAUCACGCGGCAUGAUGCCAAAGAAGCCAUGUCAGGUCCUGAGACGCAAGCCAUUGGCCAAGCCAAGACCUUGAAGCUGUGCUCCGUACAAGACACAGCCAGCCCAGACCCGUGGCUAGUCAAUGACCCAUGGAAGCAAGCAGCCAACCAGAUGCCAGUGCCACCACCAGCUGGCCAGCCCGCAACUGCCUGUGCCUUGCAAGAACUUGAGCAAAGGAUUGAAUCGAAGGUCCUUGCCAAGUUACCGCCUGCAAUGGAGCGCAUGGAAGUCGACGACCAGGACCAACGCCUGCUUGUCUUGGAGCAGCAGAUGCACCAGCUCUCGAACCGCCAGGGGGCCCUUGAGGCCACGGUCACUGACCACCAUGCUCAGAACACAGCCCAGGUCCAGGGCUUACAGCAACAGAUGAUGAUGCAGCUGGACAUCCAGUCCAAGCAGAUGCAGAGCAUGCUGACGGAUCAGAUGACCAGGGCAAUUUUGCCCGUUGUGUUGUUCACAAUGCUGUGCCGCCUUGGGGAAGCACGUGUACCAGGACCUGACGAUGUUUCAUGGUGUCUUGGGGUAGGUAACCCUUCAGGGCUACAGGGAAAGUACCAUGUUUUGAACAAUGUCCAGGCCGACGUGAUGGCACUGUCCGAGACACACCUGACCAGCAGCUCUCGCCGGGGCUUUGCGAGUAGCCUGAAAGCAAUGAGAUCACGUUUCAAGCAUGUUUUGACCGGCGCCCCCAUGGCCCCAAGACGCAACACAUGUGAUGCUGGUGAAUGGGCGGGAGUUGCAUUCACCUCGACCUUCCCGUGCAGGUCAAUUGCCACGCCAUGGCCGCCAGAUGUUUAUGAAACAGGCAGAAUCCAGUUUGGAUCUUUCUAUACGCCAGCCUCAUGGAUUUCAGGGGCAGUUGUCUAUGGGUAUCCUGAAGGCCGAAACCACCCCAACGCCCAUGCUCAGACUGAAGCCUUGUUGGAUUUUGCGGUUUCCCACCUCCUGUCCUUCCCGGGUCCCAAGUUCCUUGGUGGUGACUGGAAUUUUCUGCUUCAGGACUUGGCUGUUGUCCCUGUCUUACGGUUCCGAGGUGGCAAACACCAUCUUGAAAGUUUUGUGUGGCCCUGCCCGAAAGCCAUCCCAUGGCAUGAAGCUCCUGCCCUAGACCAGCCUUUUGACUUUGCGUCCCCGGUGGAUCCCACCUCUCAGUAUGCAGCCUUGUGGCAUACCAAGGAGCAAUCUGCUGCAGUCUCAGUUGCCAGUUGGGUCCCUGCUAUGAGAGGGCGAGGUCAACAGGUUGAGCCCAAGAGGAAAGUUGGUGCCCCAGCACCUAUCAAGCAAGGAAGAAAUACUGACAUUCAGCCUGGAUUUUUCGGGUUCUCCGCUGUCCAUGCUAAGCAGUUCCGUCAAUUGCGUCGACUUCAGAACUACUGUCGUUGGGUUGAUGCCUUUGAGCGAACAGGCAGUGGUGAUGGCCUCCAUGGAAUUGGACUUUGGAGGUCCAUCCUGCGGGCACCUGGAUUUGUGCCGACCUUCAGUCGUUGGUGGUUGUGUCGUCAGUAUGUCAGCCCGUUGGAUCCUGUGGACUUACCCUCUUUUGCGCCGUCUUCUGCUGUGGCUCAUCAAGUCUUUGAGGCUGUGUUGGCUGAGGUCCGGUCCUUUGAAAGAAACCUGCAGGCUGCGCAAGCAGCACACAGAUCGUCCCAGCAUGAACGUGACCGCCUGUUGAUCUUCCGGGAAGUUGCACGAACACCAGCUGCUCCUGUUGAGUCCCUUGUGAAGUCAGUGAAAAGUGUUGUUUCCGGCCUUGACGUCGAUGAGUGUGCUGUGGUUUUGACUCAGCCUGUUGAGUUGUCAGCAGAUGCCCCUGUCUGGAUAGGAGGAAAAGGUGCGGAAGUCAUCCACGCCGAGGCGGACAAGAUCUGGGUGUCGGACCUUGAAGGCAUCCAGCCUGAGGACGACAUUGUUCAGUCCCAAUCCAUUGGCCACUUGCGUGACUUGUUUGAUGCCUUCCAUGACCAAUGGAAACUUCGAUGGUGUCGGCAUGAUGGUUUGGCCUUUUCCCACUGGGAUCAGUUGAUUGGAUUUGUUCAGCAAGUCCUGAUGCCUCGCCCCAUCCCUGACUUGAAGCUUGAUGUGGACUUGUUACGUGCAGAAGCACAUCGCAAGAAAAAGCGUUCAGCCACUGGCCUGGACGGUGUGAGCAGAGCCGAUUUGCUUGGCGCUGAUCCGGCCACCUUGCUCUCCUUGCAGCGGUCCUUUGAACGAGCCCAGUACGAUGGGACGUGGCCAACUCAGCUGCUGGCUGGGAAAGUGGUUUCCUUAGCCAAGUCUGACACUGCGGCAGGGGUCGGCGAUUUUCGCCCCAUUACCAUCUUUGGGCUUCCCUAUCGACUGUGGUCCAGUCUUCAGGCCCGGCACCUCCUGGCACAUGCUGAAAGUUGGGCUGACGAUGGGGUCUUUGGCAAUAGAAAGGGCAGACAAGCUGCAGACCUGUGGCACCACUUGUUGACCCAGAUCGAGAAUGCAUACAGUGCUCACUCUGCUCUGAGCGGCAUCUCGGCCGACAUUGAGAAGUGUUUUAACUGCAUUCCUCGUUACCCAGCCCUGUGCCUUGCCAUCCUCAUCGGCACCCCAAACGCUGUGACCACAGCAUGGGCGGGCGCCCUGGCCAACAUGCGUCGACACCUCAAAGUCAGAGAAUCGUUUUCCGAGGGGUUCCUAACCUCCACCGGGCUUGCUGAAGGUUGUGGCUUGAGUGUUUAUGGUAUGCUGCUUGUCGACCACUUGUUUGCGUGCUGGAUGCGUGUUCAGGCCCCUGCCAUCCGUACGUUGUCUUACGUUGAUGACUGGCAAACCUAUGCUUGGGACCCCACUUACGCUGUCAGACAGUUGCAGUUGGUUGAACAGUUUGCUGGCAUGCUGGAUCUCACAAUUGACCGUCGCAAGACUUUUGGUUGGUCAACUGAUCCUGAUGUGCGGGCAGUCCUGCGGUCUCAAGGUAUCCAGGUUUUACACCAUGCCAGGGAACUUGGCGGUCACAUGGGUGUGUCAAGGCAGUACACCAACCGCACACUCAAAGACAGGUUCCAUGCCCUUGAGGACUUCUGGUCUAAGCUGAAAGCCAGCAGAGCCAAAUACCAUGCCAAAGUGUUCAUGCUUCGUGCGGUGGCCUGGCCACGUGGCCUUCAUGCAGUUGCCAGUGCACCAGUGGGAGACGCUGCUUGGACUGACCUGCGCCGACGUGCCACUGGUGCCUUGUCCUAUCACCGUCCUGGCGUCAAUGGAUUUCUUCUCCUGGGUUUGGUUGAAGCCUUUGUCGAUCCCCAGUUCCUUGGCCUUUUGUGGACUUGCCGUGAGGCUAGGAGUCGGUGCCUCCCUGAAUUCUGGUCUACUUGUGUGGCCCCAUUUGCCUUGGGUCAAUUGGACUUGCCACCCAACUCUCUGGCGGCCAUUCUGGUUUCUCGUUUGCAACAGGUUGGCAUGUCUGUCUUGCCGUCAGGGCUUGUGUCGGAUCAGUUUGGUACCUUCUGCCUUCAUUCUGCAAACUCAUCCGAAGUUGAUUUCCGUCUUCAGCGUGCUUGGUGUCGGCUUGUUGCCACGAAGGUUGCCCAUAGAAUGGACUUCGCCGGCCUUGCUGAGGUUGACCUCACUGCUUCACGGAAAGCACUGGCUUGCUUGGCAGCAGAUGACCAGGCCCUGCUCCGCUUCAGCAUGGCCGGGGGCCUGUUUACCGAAAGGUACAAAGCCAAGUGGACUGAACAGUCCGACUGCUGUGUUUGGUGUGGAGCUUCAGACACUCUUCGUCAUCGGUACUGGGAAUGCCCCCACCAUAUGGACUUGCGCUCCUCCCUUGCCCCUGAUGCUACCCGGCUGUUGGACUUGUUGCCUCCUGCCUUGGCUCUCCGCGGUUGGACUUUGCUGCCCUCCACCUGGCAUGCAUGGAUGUGUACCCUUGCUGCGCUGCCAUCUGAAAUGCCCUCCCCAGCGUGUCAGCUCCGGCCUGGAGUGUGGAAUGAUGUCUUUACAGAUGGCUCAUGUUUCUGGCAACAUCGCCCUGCUGUUCGCCUUGCCGCCUGGUCUGCCGUGUUGGCGCGUCCUCUGACCCCUGACUGGCAGCCGUCUGCUGCUUCCGUGCUUGGUGCCUCCGUUGUUUCUGGAUUUUGUCAAACUUCCUACCGAGCUGAACUUACUGCGUUGGCUUUUGUGUUGGACUGUGCUGCUCGUGCUGGUGCCCCGAUCCGUGUCUGGUCUGAUUGUCUGGGAGUGGUCAAUCGAUUCUGCUCGUUGGUUUGGGGAUCAGGUCGUAUCAACUACAACAGGCCGAACAGUGACUUGUGGCAGUGGAUAGCAGACUCCGUGGAGAAGCUUGGACGCGACAAGAUCAGGGUGGUGAAAGUCCCAGCACACCGGACGUUGCAGAGUGCUCGCACUCUGCACGAUGCUUGGGCCUUUUUCCACAACGCAGUUGCAGAUCGAGCAGCACGCCUGGCCAACCAGGCGCGCCCUGAGAAGUUUUGGAAACAGUGGGAACAACAUGCGAAAGAGGCUCAGGCGGUGGCUGAACUGGGCGUACAAGUGCGGGCAUUACAUGUUGCGGUAGGGCGCCACCACAUGGGCAUUGGCGCCAAGCGUGAGAACCCCGUGCCGGAGGUGAAACCAGUGCGGACCUUUGAACCCAAGUUUCAGUUUGGCCCUUGGACUGGAGAUGUCCCGCCUAAAGCGGCACGACUUUUUGGGUCCACACAUGUCAGCAGAGUUGCCAGGUGGUUGUGGGAGCGCCUCCAGCCAAGUGGGGGUGCAGUUGUCUGGAUUACUUUCAGCCAAUUGUACCUCGACUUUCAAUUGGCAUGGAAUCACCCAGGACCAGUCCGAGUUCAACAACAGUGGAUUGACACAGACUUGCGAAAGUAUGUUGCAGCAGAACGUUUUCCAUGUCGGCAGCGGGUCAAAUGGUUCAAACAACUGCUUAAAGCUGUCUGGAAGGAAAUCCGCAUGGAAGUCGCUCUGGCCCAGGCUCGACCGACCUCAGAGAUGGUCUUGGCAUAUUUGCCAGCUGCCUCGUUGCCAUGGCCGACACAGGCCAUCCAGAAGGUCGAUGCAUGGCUAGCAGCUCAUUUGCCUGGCCCAUGCACGAGAGACGCUGCUGCCUUGGCACACCUGCCAAUUGCUGUCACCAAAGGUGGCGCUUGGAAAGACCUGCGGUGA